AUGAAAUUAUUGAGAAAUUCCCAUCGAUGUAUUGUCCAAAUGAUUGGAUGUAUAAGUAUACCCGAUACUACUCUUGGUCUUGUACUCGAAUUUUGUUCUAAUGGAAAUUUGUUAAAUUAUUUACGUAAAUUAUCUGAAGAACAACAAAAAUUGACAAAAGAAAAUAUUAAUAGUGAUUUUAUGCGUUUUUCAUGGCAAAUUUGUGAUGGAAUGAAAUUCUUGUCAGAAAAACAAAUUAUUCAUAGAGAUUUGGCUGCUAGAAAUAUUCUUUUAGAUGAUUUUAUGGUUGCUAAAGUAAGUUUUUAUAAGGUAAAUUAA